CCAAACAUGGCCGACAAUCUAAUCUUGGGCGACUAAUCAAUUGCGUGCCGAUCGGCAAACUAUGGCUAAUACUAGGGUCUACAAAACGCAGUCGCCAGCUGUAGUUCAGCAUUGAUUCCUGCUCCGCGUCGUUCUAAGUCUUCAUGAUGCACGGAUCGGAACCCACCUUGGAUUGGGGGAGCGGCUUCGGCCUGCAAAUAGCCAUCUACUUGGCACUGGGGUUCUUCUUCUUCUGCCUACUUCCGCUCGCCUGCUACUACAUCCGCGUGGAGAGCGAAACGCUGGCCAAGAUCUGUCAGCCGCGAUGUCGACGUCAGCAGAGGAUUCCGGAGCAACAUCGUCAGCGAUACGACAUUGGAAUUGAGCGGAAUGCUUUCAGCGCCCCGGAGGAUCCAUCAGCGAACCGCUAUGGCGACAUAUUCUUCAUUGAGCCCGGCAGCGUGGAGGCCAACCGCAUUCGCGAUCAACUGGAAAAGGAUGAGAAGGAUCUGCCCAGCUACGACGAGGUGAUGCGCAUGUGCAACCUGACCACGCCCACAGCAGCGGCGGCUGGACCGCCUGUUCCCCCAUCGCCUCUCGGCGAACCCGGUCCCAUUGGAAUUGCGGCACUGCCGGCUCCACCGUACUCGGAGACAGAUCCACAUGCCCCAUCCGCCGGAGGAGUCACUGUCAUCGCGAUGGAAACGAUGGAGCCAUCCACGUCCCGCGCGGCACAAAUCCCGCCCAGCUCGGGAUCGGGUCCUCCUGCUCCUUUGCCAACGACAACGGUGUGAUCCGUUGGAGGCAUGGAGAAAUGGAACUGAAGCAUUCGCCGUGCCAAUCUGGGCCACACAGAUGCCACUUUGUGUGCGCUUUCAGUACAGAAAUGAACUUGUGUGAUCUUAUUGAGUACAUACCUAUUUAAGUUCUAGAGAUUAAGAGUCGCAUAUUGUAAAUACAUAUUUUUAGGACAUAGGAUGAAAAUUAAAGUGAAUUAUAUUAUUGAAA